CGCAGCCGCCGGGCCUUCUGGGAGGAGGCGGUCCUUGGGCGGUGCCGCUGGGGCCUCUGGGAGGAGGCGGUCCUUGCGCAGCCGCCGGGCCUUCUGGGCCUGGUUUCCUGGAGGCUUAAUGCGAAGUGGGCAACGAAAGGUCUUCGGAGGGACUCACACUUGCGCGUCCCGCGGAAGCGUCGGGGAGCGAUGCCAAAGCUGCGUUGGGAACGGUGGAGUCCGGGGUUCGGAGGAGCAUCUAAGGGGAGCAGGGAUGGAAUCAAGUCACUGCAACCAGGGUACUGGGGGGAAACGAAGAAGUCACGGAGAAUUUGCCCUCGGAGAGAGGUGGGCCUUACCCAGGAUCUAGGGUGGGCAACAAUGUGCAGUGUGGAUCAGAGAGGAGGAAACGCCGCAAUGUGAGGGACUGGUCGUGAGAAAGGACCAAAAGUCCCUGUUCACCACAGCAAGGCCCAGAGUUGCUAAUCUGGAUUCUCCGAUUACAGACCUGAUCUUUCAGAGCUUCUUUCUCCACCGCCAGCCUUGUCAUUUCAGCAUUCUGCCUUUCCUUUUGAGGAGGAAGAUCAACCAAGUCCCAGGGCCUUUGCUCAAUCCAGAGCUGCGCCAUGGCAGAGACUGGGGAAGAGGAGACAGUGUCAGCGGAGGCCUCAGGGUUCUCAGACUUGAGUGACUCAGAGUUUCUGGACCUAGAAGAUACGCAAGAGUCAAGUAUGUCACUUAGCGAGCCUGGCCCUUCUUCAGCACUCUCUGAGAAGCAUGGCAAUCUUAUAAGCUUACCUACAUGGAAAGGAGGAUUGGAUGUCUCAUCACCUAUGGAGCGAUUCCAUCUUAAAUAUUUGUAUGUCACUGACCUCUGUACUCAGAACUGGUGCGAACAGCAAAUGGUGUAUGAAAAAGAGCUUCCUGGUUUCUUGACACCUGAGAAGUCAGCUGUUUUGGACACUGGUGCUAGUAUCCACCUAGCUAGAGAACUAGAAGUUCAUGACCUUGUGACUGUCCCUGUCACCACGAAAGAAGAUGCUUGGGCAAUUAAGUUUCUGAACAUACUGUCAAUGAUUCCUACCCUGCAGUCAGAAGGGCGCAUCAGAGAGUUCCCAGUGUUUGGAGAAGUAGAGGGUGUGUUUCUUGUUGGAGUGAUUGAUGAGCUGCACUAUACAGCCAGGGGAGAGCUGGAACUGGCGGAACUCAAGACACGCAGGCGCCCCGUGCUCCCCAUGAAUGCUCAAAAAAAUAAAGACCGUUUUCAAGUCAACCUGUACAAAUACAUCUUUGAUGCCAUGGUACAAGGGAAAGUGACCACUGCUAGCCUAAUCUACCACACAAAACUGCAUCCAGAAAAGCCACUGGGACCUUCAGUGCUGAGGCAUGCCCGGCAGGGAGGCUUCUCUGUGAAGUCCUUGGGUGACCUCAUGGAGCUGGUCUACUUGACUCUAACACUGUCUGACCUCCCAGUUAUCGAUAGCCUGAAGAUUGAGUAUAUCCACCAAGAGACUGCCACUGUGCUGGGUACAGAGAUAGUGGCCUUUGAAGAGAAGGAGGUGAGACGUAAAGUGCAGCACUAUUUGGCCUACUGGAUGGGCCACCGAGAGCCUCAAGGGGUUGAUGUAGAGGAGGCUUGGAAAUGCCGGGCAUGCAACUAUGCAGAUAUCUGUGAGUGGAGGAAGGGCAGUAGGUUGCCCAAUUCCGUGCUAGAGCCUCAAGUCAAAAUAGCCAAAUGAAUGGAAGAUGUGCCUUCAGGAACUUUGAUCUUUCCUGCUCCUGACGUACUCCCCAGAGUGAAAAAGGACCAGUCUCUGAGCUUGACUUUCAUGGAGAGUGUUCCUGUUGUGGGUCUUUCCGUGUUUCCUCAUCCUCUCAUCUACCCAGAUCCAGGACCAAGGCUCAGGGGUGAGCGGAGAGCUGGGAUCCUACUGCCCCCGGAGCUUUGUGGUGCGUUGUCAGGGCAGAUGCUCAUCAUGGCUGGAGCAAAGGUACCUUCCGCGAUCAUCGCUUUCCUGAGGAGAUUCUUCAGUUUCUUUUAAGUCUCUUCCCCAUUCUUUUCUCAAUCAAGUUUUCUACAUCUUAUAUAAUGAAAUAAAAUGAAACACCGUCUA